AUGCUAACAUGUUUUCGCACGGCAAAAUACGUAGCGACUGCAGAUGUUGAAAAAGCAUUUCUCCAAGUUUAUCUCAACGAAGGGGAUAGAGAUGCCAUAGGAAUUUUGUGGGUUCGCGAUAUUAACCUAUCACCCGAAAAAAUAACACUGACAUUCGGAUUGAAUGUGUCUCCAUAUUCCUUAGCAGGAAACAUACACUACCAUGUGCAGAACUAUGUAUCAAACGAUGAACUAGCAAAGGAUUUGCGUGAUCACGUCUACGUGAACAACUUGAUUCUUCCUGCACGUACAGAAGAAGAGUUGCAACGAAAAGCACAAACUUCAAGGCAGUGCUUUAAGGAUAUGGGAAUGAAUUGCGUGAUGCUUAUGCAACAAGCCCAAGCAGAA